GCAAAGCAUUUGCCGCUCGUCUGCCGUUUAACAAUUCUUACCACAAAUCGAUCACGGAUUCGUCGUAAGACUUAGGCUGGGCUAAACGCGUGCAUGGGGUUCUUUCCAGUAGUGCAACAAGUUCGCAGAGGGUUAGUACAAGCCGUGAAAGCAGUCUCCGCUCGCGCUGUCUUUCAGUAUAUGAGCGCGCACCGCCCCGAGACAAAUUCAAAUAAUACACAGAGUCGGUCAUUCUCCUCCCGACAGUGCUGCUGAUUGCACACAGUAGUAUACGGUCGAGGGUGAGACAUGAAGGAUUUAGGAGCAAAUAAGGAUUCCCGAAACGCGGCGAAAAUGGAGAACGAAACCGACCGUGGCAAGAGACGGCACUGUCUUGGAGCUACAGUGGAUGUGAUGCCGUUUGUGUUUUCUCUUGUGUCCUUCGCCUUUUGCUGUUUGCUGAGUGUUCAAAGCAGUGAUAUGAAGGACAGAAUCGUGGAUCUGGAGAUUGGAAGUGGCGCGGGGGUCUUAAACCCGUUUCGUGGGAUCUCUAUGGAUCAGUUUAAUUCAAUCAUCCAGGAGCGAGUGGACGAGCUGCUGUCACAGCGUUCUUAUGAACACUUGGUUAGAAUAAGGACUGCCCGUCAAGUCUCAGCACCUGAAUGCAACUGCCCACCAGGUCCGCCAGGCAAAAGGGGAAGAAGAGGACGCAAUGGAGACUCUGGACCUCCUGGUCCACCUGGCCCCAAAGGUGAUAAGGGGGAUCAAGGCGACCAGGGACCACGGAUGGUCUUCCCUAAGAUAAAUCAUGGCUUUCUUUCUGCUGAUCAGCAACUCAUUAAACACCACUCAUUAAGUGUGGUGACCAGGGGUCAAGCAGGUACCUCAGGGCCUCCUGGACUCUCCAGGUCCUCCAGGCCUCCAGGGGACUCUAGACACAGGAAAGUGAUGGUCCUCGGGGAGUUCCAGGCCUCCCUUGAACGCUUCCAGCAUGAUGGCUCUGAAUCGUCGUGUGAAAUCAACCCAAUUAAAUGGUGGGACGUCAUAGGCAGAGGUGGACUCCAGCUUUCUGUCACUGAGCGCGUGACGGUGCUCCAGGAAUCCUACAUUAGAGCUUGA